AUGUUUGGGUUGGGCUCAACAACGGCUCCUUCUCGAGAUGAGAGCACCUCCCUAUCUGGGGGAUCUAGGGGAGCAACUCAACAACAGUCCCUCUUCGGAGGUACGGGAUCAAGUCAACAACAGUCCCUCUUCGGAUCUAGGGGAGCAACUCAACAACAGUCCCUCUUCGGAGGUACGGGAUCAAGUCAACAACAGUCCCUCUUCGGAUCUAGGGGAGCAACUCAACAACAGUCCCUCUUCGGAUCUACGGGAUCAAGUCAACAACAGUCCCUCUUCGGAUCUAGGGGAGCAACUCAACAACAGUCCCCCUCCGGAUCUAAGGGAGCAGGUCAACAAGAGCUUGCUUCGGAAUCCGGGAAUAACGAAGAUUCGGAUGGUGAAGAGUCGGAUGGUGAAGUGUCGGAUGGUGAAGAGUCGGAUGGUGAAGAGUCGGAUGGUGAAGAGUCGGAUGGUGAAGAGUCGGAUGGUGAAGAGUCGGAUGGUGAAGAGUCGGAUGGUGAAGAGUCGGAUGGUGAAGAGUCGGAUGGUGAAGAGUCGGAUGAUGAGAGUCCAAGUUCACCCUUCCAGCACAUCAUGAUGAAGGACCCCUACGGAUCGUACGAGUAUUAUCAAACAAUCACCUGUCAACAUCCAUAUUCAAGUUAUUCUUUAGAAGAGCUUCGUUGUGCGGAUUACGCAGAGGGACGCAAAUUCGGCGACCAGAUCUACAAAGUAGGCGCAUUUGGGCAGAGUCCUGUGCCACGAGGACUAAAUAUCCCAUCGGACGUUAAGAGACAGGUCCAAAAAUCUCCGAGUAUCCCUCAAGAUGAGCCAGUAGAACGUGAUACCACCACACCUCUACCGAACGGAGUUGGUAUUCCUAAGAGCGAAAAUCUGACGCUAAGACUUGCUUUGCCGUCUAGUGGGGAGUUGACUCCACGAGCUUCGACACCCGAGUUCCAGAAGAAUAGUGAUCCAACCUUAACCAUAUAUUGUGAGAUGUCAACGACUCUCAAGUCUUCCUCAUCUUCCUCAUCUUCCCAGGACAACACCACAGAUUUUGGAGAUAUCUUCGCCGAGUUUGACAAAGAAAUCUCGAUUCCGCCGCUAGGAAGGCCAUCGCCACAGGACUUCCACUCCACAUGUGUCUUUCCUAUUCGCAAUCCCGCAGCUACGGCAAGAAGGAUCAGGAAAAUUCUCGAAAAACCCCUCACCGGCUACAUCUAUGUCCUUCAAGCGCCCGAAUUCUUCUCCACUCAGUUCGACCCAUCUCGUGACCGGAAGGAGAUAUGGGUUAAGAUCGGUAUUUCUGCAGACGUGAACGAGCGGAUAGAACAGAUAAGGAGGUGCGGCAUCACCGAUCUCGAAGACGUCUAUGUCUCGGCCCCAAUUCGGUAUGACGUGCUGAGAAAGAUCGAGGCGGUAUGCCAUGAACAGCUGAAUAAUUUCAGGAGGUACAUGGAUUGUAAGAGCCACGGCAAGGCGCCCAAGUGCAUGACCAAGCACGAUGAAUGGUUUGCAGUUCCUAAGGAGGUAGCUAUUAGGACGGUGAGCAUGUGGACCGCGUUCUUGGACCAUAACCCUUAUGGGCACGACGGUGCGCUGGAAAAAAAAUGGGCCGACAGCCUGAACAAGUUUCACUUAUUGGAACUAAAUGAGGGAAUAGGUCAAGAGGAGUACCUGCAUCGGAGCUUGGAGGCAUGGAUUGCAAAGACAGUUAAGGGAGGUAGGAAAGACAUGGAAAGGCAUGCUGCACAAGGUUAG